UUAAAUGCAGUUGAAAACUUGUAUUAUGACUGAGUCGUUUUAUCCCCUGAAUCAGAGAAAGCAAAAUGAAAGUCCCUCUGCUGUGCUAAUGCACCUCUUUCUUUUUUCAGUGACCAUGCAGCAGGUGGCCAGGACAGUGGCUAAAGUGGAGCUCUCAGACCACGUGUGUGAUGUGGUGUUUGCGCUCUUUGACUGUGAUGGCAAUGGCAAGCUGAGCAAUAACGAAUUUGUUUCCAUCAUGAAGCAACGGCUGAUGAGAGGCUUGGAAAAGCCCAACGACAUGGGUUUCACUCGCCUCAUGCAGGCCAUGUGGAAAUGUGCACAGGAAACUGCCUGGGACUUCGCUUUACCCAAACAGUAACCCCACACUGCAAGAGGGGACCUCUCCACCCCCAGUACCCCAGACCCCCUCCGCAGAGUCUCGGCAGAGCCCUUUGUGCUGCUGCUUCUGGAAGUAGUCUCCCUUCCUCCCGGGAUGACCUCAGGACUCUGUCGGUUUCCCGUCUUUACCCUUCCCCGUCCCCGUGUUCUGCUGGGCUCUGAUUCUGCCCAAUGAGUAUCCCCAUAGGUUCUCAAAAACAUGAACAAGUUUGAAAAGCUCAGACAUUUGUCAGCCUCAACAGCACUACCCAUUCAAGCAUCCUGUGGAUAAAGAAUGCUGGGAACCAUCCACACACCUGCCAACCCUGGGAAGCAUCCAGUUCUCAAAUGGUUUUUGCUAUGGAUUUAUAUUAACAAGAACAUUCCGUGACUUCCCUCCUGCUGGUAUUUUAAAGCCACAAGUAGGGAAGAUAUCUAGCAGGCAGAAAGAAGUCUGUGAUGAUAAAUAAUGGUGAGGAUGACCUAGGCACCCUACGCUAGUGUGAGAAGCCUGCGCCCCAGGAAGGAUCUGUGUUAGUCCCUGGGAUGGCUCCGAGGCCUGCUCUAGGAAGGCAGUGUGCUCAGUGGGAACACAGCAAGAUUCAGAAUUUAAAGUAGUUGCUUCAUGGCUCUGUGCACUCCCUUUUCUUCCUCGCAGCCUCCCUAAGAUGACUCCAGUGUGACCCUGUGCUUAGUGAGCAAUAGUGAUUGAGCUCAUGUUCCCUGCCAGUGCCGUUUCCCCUCCAGGAUGGGCCUCUAAAGCUGAGGCCUGGCUCAGAGCCUGUUUGCCCUCUGUCUUAAACAAUUGUAAAAUAUCACUUUAAUUAUAACCAUUUGCAAUAAACAUC